AUCAAACGGGAUUUUCUCUCGGUUAGGGUCAGCAAGCAGGUAGCCGACACUCUGGCAUGGACAAUGGAUACCUUGAGCCUGUCAGUGAACGCGGUGUCCUACACUGUGGCACCUGUGCUCUCCACCGAUGACCCGUUCAAUGGACCCAUCCAGAACAUCGAGCAGUGGAACUUCACCAUCCUGGCCGUUGUCAUGUUUGUAGUCACCUCGCUGUCUCUGACUGAAAACUUCCUCGUCAUGUUUAUCACUUUCAAGUUCAAGCAGCUCAGACAGCCCCUGAAUUACAUUAUAGUUAAUCUGGCCAUCGCUGACUUUCUGGUCUCCCUCACCGGUGGAGUAAUAAGUUUCCUGACUAACGCCAGGGGGUAUUUCUUCCUUGGGAAGUGGGCUUGCAUCCUGGAGGGGUUUGCUGUUACUUUUUUCGGGAUCGUGGCGCUCUGGUCUCUGGCUGUUCUGUCCUUCGAGCGGUUCUUUGUGAUCUGCCGGCCGCUGGGGAACAUCCGACUGCAACCGAAGCAUGCGAUCCUGGGUUUGCUGUUCGUCUGGACCUUCUCCUUCAUCUGGACCUUCCCUCCGGUGCUGGGAUGGAACAGAUACACCGUCAGCAAGAUCGGAACCACCUGUGAGCCUGACUGGUAUUCAACCAACAUCACAGAUCACAGCUACAUCAUCACUUUCUUCACCACCUGUUUCAUUUUGCCUCUUGGAGUGAUAUUCUUCUGCUACGGGAGGCUCCUCCGGAAGCUCAGAAAGGUCUCUCACGGUCGUCUGGCCACCGCCAGGAAGCCCGAGCGGCAGGUGACCCGUAUGGUGGUGGUGAUGAUCGUGGCCUUCAUGGUGGGCUGGACGCCAUACGCCGCCUUCUCCAUACUGGUCACAGCUUAUCCAACCAUCGAACUGGAUCCCCGGCUGGCUUCCAUCCCCGCCUUCUUUUCCAAGACGGCUGCUGUCUACAACCCAAUCAUCUACGUCUUCAUGAACAAACAGUUCAGGAAGUGCCUAAUCCAGCACUUUACCGGAAAGGGGACCAUCCCAGAGAGCAACCUGAAUCAGACUUCAGGGCGACCUGGACUUACUUCCGAGAGUCAAACGGGAGAAAUGUCAGCCAUUGCAGCUCGCAUCCCUGUGGGCGGCACGGUGUCGCCCAGAUCCGACGAUUCUCCGACCGACUGCGGCUCAUUCGCUCAGCUUCCCAUCCCAGAGAACAAAGUGUGUCCAAUGUAA